UCUCUUAUUUGCCUUUCUUCGUUUCAACGGCUCAGGACGAAUCGAACAAGCACGGCGACAUGUUAAUCGACGCCUACGCUCUAUCUACGUUGCGUGCGGCGAUACUGGAGUGGGCGCCUGCAUUUGCCAAUGCCUCGCGGCUGCUGCUGUGGGCGCGCGACGACGCUGCGUUUGAGGCCUCGAGUCUUCUGGACAGAAUGGAAAGCCUCGUCGAUGAGCCAGGCGAUGUCUUUGGUCGCGUAUCUGCGUUGGACAACCGCGACAUGGCAUUCAGUGAGAAUGCAAAAUUCAAUGGCCCGUCGUGGGACCAGCUGGAGCAGUGCGCCUACUUCAUUAAAAUGGCGGCCCUGCUUCGGCUCAGCAGUGUCUACGAGGAAGUCCCUCGUGCAGCGGGAGGAGGCGAUGAGUUCGAGCUUGUGUCGCCACCUCUCGCCACUCGUGCGAACCUCACUCUGGCGGCUAUCAACGAUCCCUCACCGUGCGCACGUUAGGCGGAAAGGACACGUCGACGUCGACCAUGAUGAGGAAGCGCAAAUAGUUCGUUGGACAAUCUUUCUUGGGGGCGUUUCUGAGUGAACAUAAAGUUGAGUAUU